AUGGACCGGCUAAUAACGUCCACAUAUCUAACCCUAGAGAUUACAGCACCGGCAAUGGUGGUCCCCGCAACGGCAGUCCUAGAGGCAGUGGUCUCGAUGUCAGCGAUCUUUGAUGGCAGUGACGGUCUCGGUCGUGGCGCUCUCGGACCUCUCCCAGGAGGCGACGAUUGCCAUCCUUCGGGCAACUUAACAUGUAGGGACGAAGAAUACCCAAUCUUCAAAUAUUGCUCGCCGCCGGUGACCGUGUGCACGCACGCUCACCUUAUAAACAUAGCAUUCGAGGGUGGCGGCCAAGGCGAGCUGUCGUCGACAUCAUGCAACAUGAAAGGGAGCUUAGAAAAGGUGGUGGCCUUAUUGACGGGAUGGUUUGAAAAUAUGACGCGGUGUGGACAGAUGAUCGGGAUAUGGGCAAACGAGGAGAACGUGACGAUAAAGGUGGUGAGUGUUGAAAAUUCCACUUAUGAGUUUGUUCCAUAUUGGGAAAAGUGA